AUGACCGACCCUAAGACAAUUAUUUUUGCAGUUGGAAUUGCUAGCAUCCAUUGGUCUGGGGUUGAUGUUCAAGACAAUGUUCUUGUUCUUGACCUUCUUGGGCCUAGUCUUGAGGAUCUAUUUGUGUAUUGUGGAAGAACAUUCUCAUUGAAGACAGUUUUAAUGUCAGCUGAUCAAAUGCUUACAAGAAUAGAACUGAUGCAAGCUAAAGGAUUUCUGCAUAGAGACUUGAAACCAGAUAAUUUUCUCAUGGGUCUAGGCAGACUAUCUACUAACUUCACAGAUUGUUUUUAUCAGGUCUAUGUUAUUGAUUUUGGACUUGCUAAAAGAUACCGUGAUCCCACCACAAGUUGCCAUAUUCCCUACAAAGCAAACAAAAACUUGACAGGGACUGCAUGUUAUGCUAGCUGUAAUACCCAUUUGGGAAUUGAACAAAGCUGGCGUGAUGACUUGGAGUCUCUGGGCUAUGUUUUCUUGUACUUUUUGAGAGGAAUUCUUCCAUGGCAGGGUCUAAAAGGUGCAACAAAGAAGCAAAAAUAUGACAAAAUAUGUGAAAAGAAAGUAUCGACUCCUAUUGAGCUAAAUACGGAUUGGUUUCCACCUGCUAAUGCAUCCUUGAAAAGGGUGGUUAUUCAGAGACUGGUGUAUGAUCUCCUACAACAACCUUAUGAUGAAGCUGAAGCCUUUUACAAAGUAUUUUCCCAACCUUUUGAAGAAGUUAUAUAUCCAAAAGAGGAUGUUGAUGCUGUUUCCAUUAGUAACAGAGACGUUGAUUUGCUGCUACCAGACACAUUUGUCAAUGACACCAUCAUUGACUUUUAUGUCAAAUACUUGAAGAACAAAAUCAGCAAAAUGAAGCCACUUGAUUUAAAUCUUGCAACAUUAUUAACAAAAUGCAGUAAAGACUUGGAGUUGAAUUUGGCUAAGUCAUUAUUGAGUGAGAUGGGCCAAUGUACAACUUCUUAUCCAUAUAAUCAACUAUUUUGA